CUUUCACUGUUGCGGCAGGAAAAUCGUAGGAGUUGCAUUGUGGAAACAGAGUGUCUGUAAAUCACAAAAUUUAUAACCAUAAUCGCUAGAUUAUUUUUAUUUUAUUAAGUUAUUUCCAUACAUUCUAUUUGAAUCAGUUUAUCAUGGAAUUCACUGUAAUAUUAAUUAUUAUUGUAAAAAUUUUAUUUGCUCUAUGGAAUAGCAGAUUAUUUUUUAAAUAAAUUACAUAUGUUUAAUAAGAUUAAAGGAAUCUCUGGUCCAAAAGCAUAUCCAAUUAUUGGAAAUAUUCAUUUAUUUAUUGGUGAUAUAGCUGCUUUACUCAACCAAAUAUUAAAUCUCGAUAAGAAUUAUCAAUUAUUGUGGCGUGUAUGGCUAGGAAUAAAAUUAUUUGUAAUCGUAGACAAUCCCGAAUAUAUCAAAACUGUAUUCAAUAGUCCAAAUAUUACUGAUAAGAGCGUGGAAUAUGAAAAAUUUAAACCUUUUGUGGGCAAUGGUUUGUUAACUGCUCCAGCAUCAUUGUGGAAUCGACAUCGAAAAAUGUUAAAUGACGUGUUCCUUUUAAAACAUACAAAAUCGCAUAUGGAUCUAUUCAUUAAUUAUUCUAUCGUUUUAAUGAAAAAAUUGGAAACUUCAAUUGGAGAAGAAUUAGACGUUUUCCAUUACAUUUUUCGCUGUACAUUGGAUAUAAUAUAUGGUAGAAUUUAGAAAU